AUGGCCGUCAUCCACAUCGUUCUCCUGUCCUACAAGGCAGACGCCUCUCCCGAGGCCAUUGCAGAUGCCAACGCAGGCCUUCUCGCCCUCAAGGACACCUGUCUGCACCCAACCACAAAAACCCCCUACAUCAAGUCCGUCACAGGCGGAACCAACAUUAACAAUGCUCCCGAAAGCCGCAACCUGGGCGUGACUCAUGGCUUUACCUUCGAGUUCAACUCUCACGAGGACAAGGCAUACUAUAUCAAGGAAGAUCCUGCUCACCAGAGCCUCGUAGCCAAGCUUGUUCCCCUCGUCGAGAAGAUCACUGGCUUUGACUACGAGACUGGCAAGUUUGAGUGA